UAGUCAAAAUGGCGUCAAAACCGAAAACCCCCAGAAUGACAACUGAUCAGCAAUCUGUCCUGAACGUUAGACACUGGAUAUCUUCCAUUGUGAACCUUUGUUCUAAUAAUUAUUUGUCACACAUUACACUUACUCCUCUGAAAAUAAAACAUUGCAACGCUACAGCACCUUCCGGUGCCAGUGGCUCGUCUUUUUCGCGAGCUUUCUGCGAGACCCAGUACUACGAGGAGGGAUUAGUAUUUGGUGAUGUAUUCCAUACAGGCAUGAACAUUUUACUAGAGUAUCUGAACAAAACGACAAUGCCGGAAAAUAAGCAACUGUUAUUUGUAUUGGAGAAAUUGCUGGAUUUUAUAAAUGGUGACAGAAGCUUCAAUGUAUGUGAUCCUCAGGAGAUACAAAAUUUGACAGAAAUAGAGCUAGCGUUACUUGUUUCAAAUCAUUUGUUUGGAAAAUUAGCAACAUCAUCAUGCUACAAGGUUGACAACAGCUAUUCUACUACUCGAAAGAAAGAUCAGUGUUUUUGUGGAGAGGACUCUUGUAAAAUGACAGGACAGUAUGGAGACACAAGUGUUGGAAAUGUGGAGGUAUGGCAUGGGAAUUUAGACAUUAUCAUAAAAAAUGAUUUGGCUGUGAAAUCUCUGGAAGAUAGUCCAUGCAGCUUAGAUGAGAAAUCUGUUUUGUCAAGAAACCAACAAAUCAUUGCACAAACUAUAGUAUUUUCAUUUCUUCAGAAAAAAGAACACCCAGAGCAGGAACAUUUUUUAACGCCAUGUAUCGGAAUUGGAAAUUCAGAAAUUAUAGUCAUGUUUUAUGAUUCAGAACAUGAUGUACUGCUAGAAAGUUCUACUGUACCCCUUUUCAAAAACAAAUAUUCCUGUGAAUUUUCCUAUGCUGCUAUUCUUGUAUGCUGGUUUACAGUCAAUUAUAAGUUUUUAUGUACUGGAUUACCCGAACACCUCAAAGGAUCCAAAAGUGAUUUCUUUAUCCGUGCAAAUGGAAAACUAAAUGUUUAUGAAGAAAACCUACGAAUGGGAAAUGUUUGCAGUUCUCAUUCUACAGAGGGAAAUUUUUUUCCCCCAAGAGUAAAGUGUACUUCUUUUUUGCAUAAACAGGAGAAAAUACUUCUGGAGAUGUUAUGGCACUUGGAUAAUGAAUCUGGUGCUAGUAGCGAUGUCAGUUACUCUAAUCCAAAGAAUUGAGAUUUUCACUCCAGUUUAGCUUUCAUCUGAUUGCAUUCAGACAUAUUAGAAUCCACUGCCUAUACAUAUAUUUAUAUCCUCUAGUCAAGAUUUGUCUAAGGACCAUCUGUAUGUCAUCUUCAGAUUAUCAUUGAAUGUUUGUCCAGUUAUGGAAGUGACACUUACAGGCUAAAUGGCUUUGAAUAAAUUAAUCCCGGAGUAUCAUGCAUCAA